UCAACCUAUAUAAGCACACGAGAAUUAGAAACAAUUCAACUCAAAUUCAAAUUAACAAUCUUAGUCUCUGAUCUUUCUCCUUGUCAAUGGCAGGCUACAAAGUACUCGUAUUCCUGAUAUUAGCUCUCGCCAUUACUUUUGUCUCAGCUGGUCGGCUUCUUGAUGAAGAAGAAGAUAUUGGGUUGGUCCCUUUGCCUACCACAAGUCCUGGUCCUUUACCAACGGUUGGUUUAGGCCCCUUUCCCUCUGCUAAUUCAGGUUCUGCAACUGGUAUCGCUUCAGGUACAGGUCCAGCCUCAGGUGGUUCAGGUCCCUUGACUACCAAUACUGGCCCCGGACCUCUACCAACCACUGCUUCUAGUGCUUUACCGGUUGCUAGUUCUGGUCCCUUGCCUACUAUAGGCUCUGGUCCUCUACCAACCACUGGUUCAGGUCCCUUACUGGGUGCUAGUUCGGGUAUCUUGCCUAGUGCAGGUUCAGGGCCUUUGCCUACUGUUGGUUCAGGUGCUGCAGCUACGGGUCUGGGCGCAGGUGCCGGGUCAGUGAUUGGUGGUUCAGUUCCCGACAACACUUUGGUUUUCUUCAUGCAUGAUAUACUCGGCGGCUCAAAUCCGACAGCCAGGGCUGUGACUGGAGUCGUUGCAAACGCAGCCCUCAGUGGCCAAAUUCCAUUCGCCAAGCCCAACGGCGCAAACCUUCCUGUUAGUAACGGUGUUCCAACAGACAAUAACAACAAUGGAAUCCUGAACAACAACAACGUCCCGCUCCUCGUCGGGCUUGGCGGAACCACUUCCAACAUUCUACAGAACAAUGGAAACAACAUGUUGAACGGUCUCCCCGUGGCUAACGGCGGCCAGCUCCCAUCGGGUUCGUCUCUUCAGAUGCUCAUGUUUGGGACACUGACGGUGAUGGACAACGAACUAACCGAAGGGCACGAACUCGGGUCCGGUCUGCUGGGUAAAGCCCAAGGCUUCUAUGUGGCAAGUGCCAUUGAUGGAACCAGCCAGACUAUGGCUUUCACGGCUAUGUUUGAGAGUGGUGGAUAUGAAGAUAGCAUCAGUUUCUUCGGUGUGCAUAGAACAGCUGCAUCCGAAUCUCAUCUUGGGGUCAUGGGUGGUACUGGUAAGUAUGUGAAUGCGAGAGGCUACUCCAUCGUCAAGACUUUUACGGGUUCCUCCGGGACCCAGCAGCAGCAGCCGCACCAGUUCACAGAUGGGCUUGAGACUGUUCUGGAGUGUACCGUUUAUCUUUCUUACUAGUUUUUAUUUUCCUCUUCUCUUUAUGUUUUUUUUGUCAUCCUGAAUUGUAAGAAAACGUGAACACCUAUUAAUUUGACAACAAAUCCCUCGUUAAUUCCAA